GAACAUCACCUUCUCAUUGUGACAACUCCUCAUCAAGAUGGCUACCGAACAGACUUUCAUCAUGGUCAAGCCCGACGGCGUCCAGCGUGGCCUCGUCGGCGAGAUUGUUGGCCGCUUCGAGAAGAGGGGCUACCAGCUCGUCAACGCCAAGAUGGUCCACGCCUCGCAGGAGCACCUCGAGCAGCACUACGCUGACCUCAAGGGCAAGCCUUUCUUCCCUGGUCUCAUCAAGUACAUGGCCAGCGGCCCUGUCUUCGCCACCGUCUGGCAGGGCAAGGACGUCGUCAAGCAGGGACGUGCCCUUCUUGGCGCCACCAACCCUCUGGCGAGCGCUCCUGGCACUAUCCGUGGUGACUUUGCCAUUGACGUCGGCCGCAACAUCUGCCACGGCUCUGACUCGGUCGAGUCCGCCAAGAAGGAGAUCUCGCUCUGGUUCGGCCAGGACGGCUCGAUCCCCUACAAGCGCGCCGUUGACGCCUGGAUCUACGAGUAGAUGUGCUGCUUUCAUCGCCCCUUUUGUCGUCUCUUAGAUCACAAUGAAUGAAAGACAAUCUACCGUG